GAGGCGUCUCACCCGUCACGACAGAGCGAGCGUGUUCGUGUGUGGAAGCGACCGAGCCUCGGACAGGAGGGGAGCACAGAUCCACGGAGAGAUACAAAGGAGAGGUGUGAAGACGGAAUCCACACAUAGAUGCCACACUGACGUCUCUGCUCUCACGCGCCUGUUUCGGCUGGUGUGAGCGCGAGACGACGAGAAAGAGAGGGAAGGGAGGCAGAUAAAUCCUGGGAGUCUGAUUCCUUUCUCUGCUUUUGCAUCCUCUAAUUUUUACUCGCAUCAUCCGAGGCAUGAAGGCGGCUGUCUGCUGGCACGGCAGAAGAAAAGAAGAGGAUGCUUUGACUGCUGCCUCUCUGUCAACAAGGGACACGGAGGAAGAAGAAGUGGGGGACAGCACACAGCAGGGACAAAACUAGGAUUUCUGCCGCAUGCGCUGGGAAUAGCAGUCUCACACCGGAGUCUCUGAAUGAGAUCAGAAGACCGGCAUCAUCGCAUAGAUUUCCUCUGUUGUAGCUAUGAUCGACAUGCUUUGACCCGCCUUCCCACGACCUGUGAAGCUGCAAACGUUAGCGGAGACAGCAGUGACAACAGCACAGGGGGCCGGCCCUGAGGACAGGAAACUGUUGGGAGACUUUGGAUGUACCUGGCGACACAGCUUCUGCUGCACUUCACCACCUUCAGCUACACGCAUCUCUUCUCUCCAGACGGCACCAAUUAAGGCAGUCUAGAGACAAAGAGUUGGGGCAAUAUCCAACGCAGGGAGGAAGGAAUACGCUGGAGGAGGGGCCUGUGCUUGCUGCAAACAGGCAGAGGACUGAUUGGUGAAGAAAGAACGAUCCGCCCUCUGCUCAGCUGUGAUCCUGUAGCUGUCUGUCUUUGUGCCCAGGUCUGCGCGAGUAGACGAGGCAGAGGAAGAGGAGAGGAAAUGGUUGAGGUGCCAUGAAGAACGUCACCACCACGUCGCUCUGCCAGAAUGCAGUGUGGACUUCCCUGCUGCGCAUCACCAGUGGUGCCAUGAUCCAGUUGUAACUGUGGAGACUACGGAUGGAAAUCAGCCUGUGACUACAAUCUGGCACAUUUACCUUUCCAUGUUCAUUAAUGUGCAUGUUAUGUUAAGCCAAAUAACCAAUCCUGGAGAUGCCGAAGAGAAGAGAUAUUCUUGCCAUCGUGUUGAUCGUGUUACCCUGGACUCUGCUCAUCACUGUUUGGCACCAAAGCGCUAUUGCUCCGCUCCUCGCCAUCCGCAAGGCCUGUCACCACCUAGUAAAAGAGAUCUUUAUCAUUCCAGAGAGGCUUGCAGUCCGCCACCACCGGCUCUCAGAUGACGGCGUGGAGGGGAAGAGGGAUGCAGGCGGCCAGGCUCAGGACUCCAAGGAAUACUGUGCUUCAGAAAAGGACAUAGUGGAGGUGGUGAGGACAGAGUAUGUGUACACACGGCCUCCACCCUGGUCUGAUGUGCUGCCCACCAUCCACAUCAUCACCCCUACAUACAGCCGGCCGGUGCAGAAGGCGGAGCUGACACGGCUGGCUAACACUUUCCUCCACGUUCCAAACCUUCACUGGAUCCUGGUGGAGGACUCCCAAAGGAGAACGCCUCUCGUGACGCGACUGCUCCGAGAAACCGGGCUUAACUACACCCACCUCAAUGUAGAGACACCCAGGAACUAUAAGCUGCGGGGUGACACCCGAGAUCCCAGAAUCCCCAGGGGGACUAUGCAGAGGAAUCUGGCCCUACGGUGGCUGAGGGAGACGUUCAACGCCAACAGCAGCCAGGCCGGGAUCGUCUACUUUGCUGAUGAUGACAACACGUACAGUCUGGAGCUGUUUGAGGAGAUGAGGUCCACACGAAAAGUUUCAGUGUGGCCUGUGGCCUUUGUGGGUGGCUUGCGCUACGAGUCCCCCAAGGUCAACGCAGCCGGAAAGGUUUACGGCUGGAAGACGGUGUUCGAUCCCCAUCGGCCCUUUGCCAUCGACAUGGCCGGCUUUGCUAUCAACUUGAGGCUCAUCCUCUUCAAGCCACAAGCCUAUUUUAAACUCCGUGGGGUAAAAGGAGGCUACCAGGAGAGCAGCUUGCUCAGAGAACUUGUCACACUCAACGACCUGGAGCCUAAAGCAGCCAAUUGCACGAAGAUACUUGUUUGGCACACGAGAACGGAGAAACCGGUGCUUGUGAACGAGGGGAAGAAAGGAUUCACAGACCCCAACGUGGAGAUCUGACCAUGGUGAUUGCCUUGGACCUGCAGAGGAGGAAAAGGGCGAGUCUCUGGAUAAGUGCAACCAGUGCUCAAGUCUUAAUCAU